GUGAUAUUGUGAUGAGAGCGUGAAAGGCUCCACGCACGAGCGAGCAGCGUGCGGUGACCGUCACUGAAUUGUGCAGCGUGCAGCAGCGUUAUCAAUACGGAAACCUGGACUUCUUCCUUAGAAAGGGCUCUCCAGCAGAGGGCACAGGGAAAUUUGAUGCAGGCCCUGCACGUCCACCCUGUCGGCGCACUGUAUCUGCUGUGCGAGUAACACCUUUGAGGAUCAUGAAGAGUUCACCUGAUCUCAUGCCUACUGAGUUGGACCCUACCCGCGUUUGCAAGGGCAAGGGUGCUGUUACUUUGAGGGCCACGCUAGUGCACAUCGAUGAUGAGGACGGCAUGGGCCAAGAGCUAUCCAUGAACUCUGCCAAAAGUGGAUGGCUUGGUGCGGUCAAUGGAGAUGCCACAGAAACAAGUCUGGCUGAGAGAAGUGUAAACAACACCGGAGCUGAUUUAAAUUCAACUCAAGUCAAUGAGACAUCAACAAAGGUGGACUCACCUGUAAGUGAGAGUCAGCCUCAGCUCACAUCCUGCCUUUAUCAUCCUGCUAUUACAUCAUCAGCCAAAGUGUCCUCAUCAUAUCCCCCCACCAGCAGUGUGAACCCAACAAUCGUCUUGCUGCAGCACAGCAGAGAAGCGGUUGCAGAGCAGGGCAGUGGCCCUAAUCGGAGCCCUGCCAUCAGCCAGAAUAGAUCUAACUCUGAGAGUCCAGCAAACAUGGAGGGAAAGACAAUGAGAAUGUCUGAAUAUUCAGCUGUCCCGGCACCCAGAGUCCCAGUACGGAACACAGAGCUAUCAAAGGACUGGUACAGAAAUAUGUUCAAACAGAUUCACAAAGUCCCAGAGCCUGUCGAAGAAAAUCCAUACCGUCCCACCUACAUAUUUCCAGAGAGCAAUGACAGGCCACUGAGAACCAGAGAUGACAGGCCGGCACAUGGUGGUGAGGAUGUGCGGCCAGUCCCUCGCUCCAAGAGUGCAUUAGACAUGGGGAGCUCAAGAGGACAGCUGCCUGUGCCAACACGCACAUCUUCCCUAAAACCUCAGAGGAAUGAGUGGGAGCCCCCUGACAAGAAAGUAGACACCAGGAAGUACCGCGCCGAGCCCAAGAGCAUAUUUGAGUACGAGCCAGGAAAGUCUUCAGUGCUGAAGCUGGAGAGACCGACUCAGGACUUAAGUCCAGAAGAUGUAGAUUUAGAGAAUGAGCCUUGGUAUAGGUUCUUUUCUGAGAUGGAUUUUGGCAAAGCGAGUGCCCCCUCUUUCAGCCCAUUGGAAACAUCUUCCGACCUACAGCAAUACUCAACCUGUAAAGCAGGCGACAGUGAAGCAGAGAAGGACAGCUUGUCUGCCAGCGGGCAGGCAGCUUCAGAAUGUGAUCGGCACAUUUACAAGAGUGUCCUGGAGGGCGGCGACAUCCCACUGCAGGGCCUGAGAGCGCUUAACAAGCGCCACCCCAGCACUUCUUCUAAAGUGGAUUAUAAAGGUGGGAAUGGCUGUAUGAUUUCACCCUGCUCUUCUGUAAAUACUCACUCAGUUCUUGCCACUAAUGCACUAGCUUCUCAAUAUAAGACUAAAAAGUCCUUGUCCGCCGCCAAAGCCUGCAUCCCUCAAAUCCUUCCCUCCAAGUUUAAGCCCAAGCUAUCGCCCUCUACCGAUGAGAGCCUGGAAAGACAGACAGAGCCUACACAACAGCGGCCCAAAGUGCACAGCUGUGAGGAUCUGCAUCCGAAGGCCUGUAGCUCAGAAAAUGGAGAUACGCAGGAUGCCGAUCACCGGUUAAAUUCAGCUUGCAAGGGUAAUGGUUCACCUGAGAGCAGGAACCUUCAUAAAAAUGGACCUGUUAUGGGAUCUUUGAGGAGCACAGCUGAGUUCUCUGCCCUCUAUCGAAACAUGCACAACAUUCAGAGGCCGAGCUCCUUGGGUUCUAGCCCCCACGGUAGUGUCCGUUGCCUGGCUUCCUUUUUUGAGAAGCCGGGGGACGACAUUACCCUGGAGAGGACUGAGAUUAUCCCCCGGGAUUCAGUCACUUUUCGGGUGAUGGAGUUUGAGCGUAUCAUCCAGCGUUCGAACUGUGCGCCCACUCGCUCCGCCUCGAUGCCCAUUCUCCCUAGUAACCCAAGCCCUUCCCACAGCCCUGCGCCGACCUGCUUUCUCCAGUCUGCUCUGUCAGCUGAGACUCUAGUCAUACCAGAGCCUGCACAUACUGAGGACUGUCCAACUGUGAAUACAGAGGCCCAAACACCCAAAGAGGAAGCUUCUGUGUCAGACGAGUGCCUGAACACCUCAAGAAAAUUGGAAAAAGAGAGCAAAUCGGAGGAGAAAAACAGUUGCAUUCAUGAUGCUGCCAAAGAGACGCCCUCCAGCAGUACCUCAGAAACCACAGGUCACCAUCACCAUGAUCACUUCCCAUUCCACACCAAACAAAGCAAGUGUAAAGGCACCUGCCCCGCUUCCUACACACGUUUCACCACAAUCCUCAGGCACGAGCGGCAACAGGCCAACACCCUGCAGGAGAAGAGGUGUGCUCCCCCAAGAAACUUGCUUCUGAUGGGACCAGCCCCUUUCUCCUUAAGGAGAUCCCUACACAGUAAACAGGCCAAAAAGACUUGCGCUCUUUCCGCCAUGAAGCCCAUGGCCGGAGACCUCUUCUCGGCCAGGCCAAAGCCUGUGAUUCCCCAACGCCUGUCCUCUUUGGAGGUGCUAGAGAGGCUCAGUAACGGAGAGAGCGCUCCCUGUGAGGGGUGCAACUCGGAUGACCUCAUGGAUGUGGAGGGCUCAGAAGCCAGUAAAGAACACUCUGAAGACUCCGAUUCCUCACAUCCAUUAAGCCACGGAGAUCAUGGAGAGAACCCAGAGGAGGCUGUCCGGAAACGCUAUGGAGAUAAAGAGAAAAUUCUGGAAGAGCAGAGACGGUUAAAGCGAGAGCAAGAAGAGGCAGAUACAGCUGCUCGGAGACAUGCUGGGCUGGUUGUGACUCAUCAGCAGUUCAUUACUAAUGACCGCUUUGGCGACCUGCUGGUUAUUAAUGAGAAAGAGAAGAGAAAAACCAUAGAGAGAACUCCUGCUCUGGCGCGAUUUGACUUCAGAGCAGAAAGUUUAAAGGAACUACCAUUUCAAAAGGGAGAUAUUGUAUACAUCUACCGGCAAGUUGAUCAGAACUGGUUUGAGGGAGAGCAUCAUGGGAGAGUUGGAAUAUUUCCACGCAGCUACGUUGAGCUCUUGCCGCCAACAGAAAAGGCUCAGCCCCAAAAAAGUGCUCCGGUCCAGGUGUUGGAAUAUGGAGAGGCUAUUGCUCGAUUUAAUUUCACUGGUGACACUGCUGUUGAAAUGUCUUUCAGAAAGGGGGAGCGAAUAACACUAAUUCGCAGAGUAGAUGAGAACUGGUAUGAAGGCAAAAUUUCUGGCACUAACCGGCAGGGCAUCUUCCCGGUCACCUACAUAGAGGUGCACAAGAGACCCCGAGUGAAAAAUGGAGUGGACUACCCUGAUCCCCCUGUCAGCCAAUCACCUCAUCGAAGCACUAAUGCCUCUCCACAGCCCAUUCGUAAUCGGCUCACCACCUCCCCUCUCCCUCUCCCCCGGUCUCCCCGCCGCUCGAUCUCCCCCGAGGUCCAUGCAAUCUCCAACGAGUGGAUUUCUCUGACUGUGGGCGGAGUCAGCAGCAGCCCCCCAGCCGCACCCACUCCACCCCUCCCCCCUCUGCCAAGCACUUCAUACCGCUUGGGCGAAUAUCUGCCCCCUUCCAUGUCAGCCAGUCCUGUGCCUCCCAUCAGUGGCAGCCCCUACUGCAUCUCCCCCAUGGCUUCUCCCUCCUCGUCUCCUUUACCCCCACCCUAUCCACCCCGCCCCUGCUCGGCCACCCCGUUCCUCACCUUCACUCCACCUCAAGGCGAGGACUUCCUUCUUUCUCCACCAUCUCCCCGCCUCUCCCGCAGCCUGAGUCCCUGUGGGGGUGCUGGGCUUGAGGGUUGGCUUACUGGGGGCAACAGGCUGGAUCGGGAGUUUCAGGAAGGGGAUGGGGCUGAAAUAGACAGGGCUGGAAGCCUUCGCAAGGCUCCUUACAGCAGGAACAAUAGCCCAGCAGAGCCAUUAAGAAAUGAUGUAGAAUAUUACGGGCGAUCUUCAAGAAGUCCUGUCAUGCUGUUUGACAUCCAAGACAACAAUAUGAAUGCCAAUUCAUUUACGGAGGCAGUGUGUAAUGAGAUCAUGAAUAUUGCAGAAACCUCAGUGAGGUACUGCAGCACUUUGUCACGCCCUAUAGACUCCGCCCACCGACUCCUGCCUCCUCCCAGUAAACACUCUCUCAUCAUUUCCCAGCAACCCCUGUCCCAGAGCAGCAGUCCUGAGCCUGGACGCAUGAGCUGUGGGAUAUUUCAGGCUCUGUACAAUUAUAUGCCUCAGAAUGACGAUGAGCUGGAGCUACAGGAAGGAGACCUGGUCAAUGUCAUGGAGAAAUGCGAUGAUGGCUGGUUUGUGGGUACAUCUAAGAGGACGAAACAGUUCGGAACGUUCCCAGGAAAUUAUGUGAAAGCUGUUAAUUUGUGACAUGAUACAGUUAAAGAAAUGAUGGUUUUUAUGAAGAGAUUCUAGCACUAUGCUUAAGCAGUCUGAUCUGUUUGGGACACUCUACCUGUUGAUGUCAAAUGAAGACUUUUCCUCCCCUCCAAAAUUUGAUCUUUCCAAGAUGAAUGUCCAGGUAUGUGAUCAGUAAGGUGUGCGACAUGUCAGCGAAGAACAUGCAGUUCAACUGUACUACAGUGGCAGCAUUUACUGAAUCACUGAAAGAUUUAGAGGAACAAUGAAGGUCUUUACCAGUUUUUUUUUCACAUUGUUUUUGCUUUUUGAGAAUGCUCAGAUUCAGCUAAAAGCCAUUAAUAUAAAAUAUCAGACUGGGAAAAGGUGUUUAAGUUUACAGCUGCGAAUUUGUACUGAAGUACAGCGCAAAAUACUUUAACUUCAUCACAUACCUGACAUUACUGAAAAACAUGAAAUUCUAAAAUUUAUUUUUGCUAUAAAUGUUUGAUGGACUUUCAGUGUGGCCGUAAGAGACGACAGUUUAUUGAAAGCACCAGAAGGUGUCUGUAUUAAGGGUUACAGGUCUGAGAAACUGUGAAAGGAUCCUAGAAGUUAGGUUUAGCCAUUUUAAAAAGAGUUUAUAUUACCAUUUACACUCCCAUUACGUUUAAAAAGAAAUGCUGAUUUAUGGAAUACUCUUAUAAAGAGUAUGAUUUCAGUUUCUAUUCCAAUGAGGGCUUAAAGAAGAGACAGCAACAUUAGUAUUUGCAAAGCCAUUUGUAGACAUCAAAAUGAUGUAAAUGUUGAGGUUAGUGUUAGUCUUGUUAGGGAGGAUAACUUCACAGCACUUACUGUACUCUCAGAGCUUUUUACAUUUUACAAUAAGCUUUGUUAAAGGGAUGGAUCACCCAAAAAUGAAAAUUCUGUCAUCAUUUACUCACCCUUGAGUUGUUCCAAACCUGUAUGAGUUUCUUUCUUCUGUUGAACACAAAAGAAGAUAUUUUAAAGAAUGCAGGUAAUCAAACAGUUGACGAUAGCCAUUGACUUCCAUAGUAGGAAAAGUACUAAAAUACUAUGGAAGGGUGAGUAAAUGAUGAGAACAUUUUCAUUUUUGGGUGAACUAUCCCUUUAACAUUAGUUAAUGCAUUAGUUAACAUGAACUAACUAUGAGCAAUAUAUUUUUUUCAGUAUUUAUUAAUGUUCUUUGUUUGUUCAUGUUAAUUCACAUUGCAUUAACUAAUGUUAAUUUUUGAUUUUAAUAAUGCAUUAGUAGUUAAUGUAGAAAUGAACAUUAACUAAGGUUAAUAAAUUCUGCUAAAGUAUUGUGUAUCGUUUCAUUUGUUAACUAAUGUUAACAAAUGAAACCUUAUUGUAAAGUGUUAAAUAAAAUUUCCGUUCAUAAGAUUACGAUUGAGUGACCAACUCAAGAAACCAGAUCUAACAAGCUUUUUAACUGGUAGCUAAAAAUAUUCAAGCUUUGUUUGAGCGCUAUGUAACAUAGUGAGGUGAAGGGCUACAGCUAAACCCCACUAAACUUAUUUUGAUGCUUUGACUCAAAAUGUACUAUUUAUUUGCUUUGAGUGAUGCAUAUUUUUCUCUUUCAGUCAUCCAUUUUUGAAUUGGUUGUUCUGAAGAGUGUAUUAUGAGUCUGAGGCGCACUAUUUACCAACAUUAACAUGAGCCUCGAUAACAUCUUAACCCAGGUACCAUUUGACAGUGACAUUUACGCAGUGUUAUGACUGGUAAUAUGGUUGCGUGUUAGGAAUCGAUGAUCCAUAUAUAUAAGAUCGCCGUACCUCAUUAUCAAAGUGCCAUUCACAGUAGAGGAUGCUACUGGACCGUUGUGUUCAUUUCAUUUGGUAGUCUGAUUUGAUUAACUUGUGGUCUUCCUUAACUGAAUGUAGUUCACAUCUACUCUAGGUUGUAGACUACCUUUUGCUUCCGUUUAAGAAGUAGAACGGCAAAUUUGAAGAUUCAUGUUUGAAUUUCUUCUUCUGAUGAAAAUGAAGUGUUUUUGAAUCUCCCCUUUAGUUUUAUACGGUCCAUUCCAUAUAAUGCCAGAGAACGUGCUGCUAGAGAGCAUGAGGGUCGUCGCUUUGUCUGAGACUCUUUACGCUUACCAGCCUUCCGUCCUGUUCAAAACAAGAAUUAGGAAAAGAACAUUUGGACAGUAAUUAAAGAUAUCUAGAUGACAUAUUUUUCAUUUUUUAAACCAGUGGCUGUUGCUAAAACUUUUUGUGAAGAAGUAAUCACACAGAAGAUCGACAAGGAAUUAAAACAGAUGCGAUCUCUAUAUUGAAUAUGAACUUGAAAAUAUGUGUUUUGGCCUUUUGAACCGUUAUAAGAUAGCGUAGCAUAUCUGAAUGUAGUGCUCUGAGAAACUUUUAUCUUGGAUGUGAACAAAGUUGAAAUUCACAGUUUUCCUAUUCUGUCAGAGUUGUAAAUAUGUAAAGUAUAAAUGAAUGAAAGUGAUUGAAGUUACAGCAACCUCUAUAAAUAUUACAGUUUAUAUUAAAUGAAGAAUAUUAGGAAAGCACAGAGAUUUGCGUAACACAGGCCGUCUCAUAUGAAUGAACGAGUGAUUCUGACACUGUGUUGGGAUUGAAAUGCCUUUCUGUCUCAUGGCUUCAUUGAACUGUGCCUCAUUUUAUUAUUAUUAUUAUUAUUAUUAUUAUUAUUUUGCCUUGAGGUAAACAUGUUACUUUUUAAGGACGUUUAAAGAGUACAGUUUUGGCCCAAGUGUGUCACACGAGACAAUUACUGAGUUCUUUACCGCAAUCACAUGAGUUAUUGAAGAGUGUGAGAUGACACCUGAGAUGUUUAAUGUUUAAUUAUUACUUUGUGGUCUGUAUGCAGAGGCGAAAUUUUGCAUUUUUUGUUUGUUUUUGUUUAUUUGCAGUGCUGUUACAAUUACAAUGAAUUUAAAACACUAUUUACUGCUGUGAUUGCCUCAUUAUGCAAUAUUUAAUAAACUAUAUUACAUCUUU